GAGAAGCUUCACUCAUUGAACUUCUGUCUACUUUGCCAUUUCUCUUUACAUUUUUUCCUUCAAUGAUUUGCACCUCAACAAGAAAUACAUCCAACUCAUUCGUUAUGAGCCUGGAAUAGCAUAUUUACCACUCGCUCGAAAACUACAGUCGUCAAUACUUCUUUUGAAAUAAGUAGGAUUUGCUUGUCCAGUAUGAGUUCUUAACUUGUUGACUGUUGUUUUUCCACAGAAGUGAAGCUCUUUAUAUUUAUAUUCCACGAUAUUUGUUAUCCAAAAGCAACAAGAAUCCAGCAUUGCAACAGUCAAAUCUCGUGCUCAAGUACCUUGUGUACAUCGUGUUUCGCCCAAAAUCAAAGAUAUGGCUCGUUUCAGUAAUUUCUUCCGAUCAUCAAAAGAAUUACAAGAGAAACCUGGACGACCACUUCCAUCAGUUGCGCCUUCUGUUGAGGGUCAAGUUGAUGAGCUUACCGACGAUGGCAAUACAGCUUCCAUAAAGAUUACAGAUGGUACAUACGGGAAAUGCAGCACUAACCCAUCCAUAAACAAUGCGAAAAGCAAUGUUUCAUUUAGGACCACCGUUUCGGUUGAAAAUGAAGAAAGCGGCCUCGAACUUAGUGCCCCGAGGAAUAGAGAGCGUGUGAAGGUCUCAGAGCCUAACACUAUGACAAAAUGCGAAGUGUGUCUUAGAGUCAAAAUCAAGAUCGACCCUCCGACACAAGAUUGUGAUGCAAGGCUAAAAAAUUGUGUUAAAUUCUUAUCAAUGCGUGCUAAUGGCAAGUGUGAAUCGGAUUACCGUUUCCCAGACGGUACCACGCAUAGUUUGCCUAACAAGCUUCGAUCCUUGCGGAAAUUCUUGAACAAGCACUUCACUGUACUAGAGAAGUACACUGCACAAAAGACUUCCGUUUCUCAAUCAUUGAGGGAAUAUGUCGAUCAGAACUCCACGGCGAAUUAUGCAUUCGAAAUUCGAACUAUGAACCUAGAAGCCCCAGGAAACGAAAAAAGGUGGCAUUCAUAUUUUUGGGUUCCUAGAAAUUGGGAUCCAGAGAUCUCAAAGUGGUGUUCUGGAAUACGCAAUAAUCUCUUUUGGAGAUACUAUGGUGGAACUUUUCAUGUCUAUCCAGGGCAUUUUUUUUGUCCAAUGGAUGGGAUCAGAGAUUGCCACGGUUCAUGCAAGAGAGUGGAGGGCACAGCAGCUUUGAAAGACUUCUGUUGCGUUCCGAAUGUCAAUCCGAUGACUGUUCGCAUGAGAUGCCGAUGUGCUCCUGAUGGAGGAAAGAAUACCCUUAGACAGAGCUGGGAAAUACGAUUAUAUAGGCGAAUGUCGGAGAGAGAAAAGAGAGAAAAGAGAGAACAGGAAGAAUCGAAAUAUCUAGAAAGACUGAGCUUCGCGAGGUCUAACGGUGAUCGAAAUUCAAGGGUGGAGGUAAGGGAGCAUCCUGAGUCGAGUUCCUGGGCAAAUCCUGGUCUUCAAUUUGAUUCCUUAACGGAUGAUACCAGACAAGUCAUUGAAGAAGCAGAUAGAGUCAUAAAUAAGAGUAAGGAAAAGAAAGAUAAUAGCACGUCAUUGGAAAGCGAGAAUGGUCUACUAAACAUUAGGGAAGAGACCAACACAGAAACCCAGAAUGAAGCGGAUGAUAACGACAUCUUUCCAGAUCUUGUAAAUGAAAACAUUGCAUUCGUCGAUUAUGGUGUUUCCCAGGGCAGCGGUUUAGAAGUACUAGAAAGAAUCCGAGAACCGCCACCUUCUGUGACUCAAUAUGAGAGUAUUCCACCAACUGGCUUGGUGAAUAGUCGAGACAGCAAUACAGAGGAAGGAAUCCGAGUCCAGCGUUUCCGAUCUUCAGUAGCUGAAGAUGAGAGGAUUUUAAGUGCUGGCUAUGAGUCUCCUCAAAGCACUAGUUCAGAAGAAGGAAAAGAAUUUCUGAACUCGCAAUCCCCAUCAGGUCAAGAUGAGAGUACUUCAGCCACUCAACCUUUGAUUCGUCGAAAUAGUAAUUAGAUGGGUGGGAUAUAUUUGAAUAAUGGCGAGCGACUUUGAAUGUAUUUUUGCCUUGGUCAGAAUACACUACAGCGUAUUUCAAGUUUCACUUACUCUGUUGAUAUGAGUUCUUCUUGCUUGUGAUAGGGCCAAUUGCCAAGUCACCGGGUGAUUUAUCUGUAUAGAUAUAUCUUGCAGUGAUUGUCAUGUGACAGUGAAAAGAUUUGUGUAAGUUUUGACAGAUAUCUAGUUGAGGCUUGGUGAAAAAGGUUUUGGUCUCACGGUAUUGUGUGCAGGUAUUCAGCCAACGCAAUCUUGGUGGGCACAAAUCAGGUCAACUUCAUGGAUAUUUCUCAUAAGAUAUACUUUUCUGAAGCCACUCGGAGGUAAGAACAUCCCUUUUAUCUUUUCAAUCUUGGAGAAAAAGCAUACCCGCACAGGAAAUGCGUGACCCGGCUCAUUUGUUAGCUUUAAUAUUCUCGAGCAUGUGAUGAAUUUGAUCAUUGUUUUAGUGAGAUACUUAGGUAAUAUUGAAUUCUGUAUUGUAUUUGAUUAUCAAAUCUCGGCUGGAAUUUCACAAAAUCGUUGAGACUUAGGGGAUCGACAGUGCCA